ACAGGAGACAUACACUCAGUGCACAGCCCACUAGAAGGAAGCAUGUUCCGAGCGGCUGUCGGCUGCUUACCUGGCUGUUCCCUGCCGGCGCUGGCUGCUGUAUUCUGGUGGAAGAAAGAGAAAAAGGACAGGCUUGGCCCGAGGCCAAAAAGAUGGAGGAAGGAAACUCAUCCAUACUACAAUUUGACUGUAAGAGUGCUAAGAGCCCAAAAUAUACAUGGCGCAGACAUGUUGUCAGCUGCAGAUUGCUAUGUUCAGCUCCAUCUCCCCACUGCAUCUUCUGUUACUUCCCGGACAAAGGUUGUUUACAAUUCCAGUGACCCUGAGUGGCAUGAAACCUUCCACUAUCGUAUUCAUGGAGCAAUAAAGAACAUACUGGAACUAAGUCUAUAUGAUCGCGAUGUAGUGGUGGACGAUAAAAUUACUUCCAUUGUGUUUGAUGUAGGAAACAUUAAACCCGGACAAACCAAAAAAGAAGUUUUUAAACUCAAUCCUAAGGACAAGGGAAUGUUGGAGGUUGAGUUCCAUCUUGAGGAAAGCCAGGAACCACCAGCUGAAAUCAUCACCAAUGGCGUUUUAGUAGUUCAUCCCUGUGUUUGUGUUGAAGGAAAAAUCACUAAUGGAAAAAAUGGAAAAACAGGGAACCAGAUGGUAAAGUUGUCGGUGCCUGGAUCCUAUGAGAAGCAGAUAUGUGCUCCAUUAAAACAAGCGCAAACCCAAGAGGAAGGGAUUCCAUUUGUAUUCCAUGCGGACCGUGAUAUAAGCCCUUCUCUAAAUGUUUGCCUACAACAGACUCUACAAGUAGGGCAGAAUGAUUUGGCACCAGAGCUGGACAAACAAACUGUGUACUUGGGUAAGGGGUCUUUACCAUUUUCAAAUCUUCCAGAUGGAACAGAAAUAAACAUCAGUCUCCCUCUGUCUAAGGAACACAUCAUAAAUAUGAACAUGAGAAAAGAGGAAAGCAGUCCUCAGGAACUUGAUAUCCGUCUUGGAUUUGAACUUUCACAAGGGGAGAGAGACUUUCUAGAGAAGAGGAAAAAGAUUGUUGCAAAGUCCCUUGAAGAAGUCUUGCAACUUGACCCUGGCUCCCAAGAGGUUCCCAUAGUUGCAGUCUUAGGUUCUGGAGGAGGAACACGAGCAAUGACCUCAUUCUAUGGUAGUCUACUAGGCCUUCAAGAACUGAAGCUACUGGACAGCAUCACUUACCUAUCUGGUGUGUCUGGAUCAACUUGGUGCAUGUGCACACUUUAUGAAGAUUCUGAUUGGUCACAGAAGGCUCUCCAGGAACCUAUUAGCAGAGCAAAAAAUUCUGUUACAUCAAACAAAGCUGGAGCAUUCUCAGCUGAUCGACUCAGACAUUGCACAAAAGAACUGGUGGCUAUAGAGAAGAAAGGACACAAAGUCAACUUCACCGAUUUGUGGGGUCUUGUCUUAGAAUAUUUUCUUCACCAGAAGGAUAAUCCAGCCAAACUUUCAGACCAGAAGGAGUGUGUGCAGAAGGGUCAGAAUCCUUACCCUAUUUAUGCAGGAGUCAAUGUUCGAGUGAACAUCAGUGGAGCAGACUUUGCAGAAUGGUGUGAAUUUACACCACAUGAAAUUGGAUUUCGUAAAUAUGGAGCCUUCAUUCGCACUGAAGACUUUGACAGCGAGUUCUUUAUGGGACAUCUUAUUCAAAGAAGGUCAGAACCCAAACUCUGUUACCUGCAAGGGGUCUGGGGCAGUGCCUUUGCUGCAAACCUGGAUGAAAUAUGGGCUCGUGCAGCUGGCACAGGUAUCCUCUGGCUUAACUCUUUAACUGAUGUCAUCCGAGUGAUAGAUGAUUGUCGAAAAUUCCACUGGGACCCAUCUAGGCUACAGACCCGUUUGGUAAUGCCAGGUGGUAUAGUGUCCAGUAUCUUCCAGGACUUCUUUAAAUCCCGAUUCACUGCAGGGGAAGGAUAUAACUUCACCAGGGGCUUAUACCUCUACAAAGACUACAAAGGAGUACGAGAAUUUCUGGCUUGGAAAGGAAAUCAUUUGGAUGCUUUUCCCAAUCAACUUACUCCUAUGGAAGAGAAUUUAUACCUUGUGGAUGGAGGAUUCUCUAUCAACUCUCCUUUUCCGUUAGUUUUACAGCCUGAGAGGAAUGUUGAUGUCAUAUUGUCCUUUAACUACUCAUGGCAAGCUCCAUUUGAGGUGCUGCAUCUAACCAAAAAAUACUGCAAGGAGAGGGGCAUUGCGUUUCCCUCUAUUACUGUGAGUGAGCAGGACGAGCAACAGCCAAAAGAAUGCUAUGUGUUCAUGGACAAAGAUAAUCCGCGCUCUCCCAUAGUAGUUCACUUUCCCUUGGUGAAUGACACAUUUCGCACAAAUAAAGAACCAGGUAUACUCCGAGGAACAGAUAGCGAGAUGGCCUACGGGAACUUCGUACUAUCAGGAAAAGAUUCUCCAUACCGGACAAAAAACUUUACCUAUGAGCCUAAUGACUUUGACCGGUUGGUAGAGGUGAAUAGGUACAACGUAACAAAUAACAAAGAACAGAUCAUGAAGGCACUCAAAACUGCACUGGACCGCAGAAAGCAAAAAAUGUGACAUGUGGAAAUAGUUGGAUUAUAUUUUGGUUUUUGAAAACGGACAUAUAUGGUUAAAGAGAACUGCAUGAAAGUCCUUUAAUCACAGGAAAAACAGUAUUUACAAGAGAUUUUCACCAGCAAUGCUACGCUUUAAAGGCUUUGUGCACACAAGAAUCGUCCUUCUUUUAAACUUUUUAAGCUAAAGAGAUAAAAUAAACCUUCCUCAGUUGACUAUUUUUCAAA